CCUACUACUCAUCUAAAUUCGAGGUCGAGGGCCCUUGUUUCUCUCUCCUCUCACGCACUUUCUCUCUCUAAAGAUUCAUUAGCGGGACACAGCCAGACGAAAGCUUUGCCCUUUUUUAGGUAUCUGGAAGACCAUACACACUCUCACUGCACUAUAUUUGGAAGGCCAGAGGCGUCCCCGAUUUCGAAGUCUCUCUAAAACACACUCUCUCUCUCUCUCUCUCUCUCUCUCUCCUCGUUCUGCUUCAAUUUCAAGCUAUCUUAUCUCUAUAUAAACCCUUCAAACUAGGUUUUCAAUCUCAGUGCUUUUUCUAGGGUUUUUUAAACUGAGAUUCGACUUCGAGGGUUUAUUGGUUUUGAUCUCUUCAUGGCGGCGGAGAAACUCAGGGACUUGAGUCAGCCGAUUGACGUUGGCUUGCUCGAUGCCACUGUUGCUGCUUUCUAUGGCACCGGAUCUAAAGAGGAGAGAACUGCUGCAGACCAUAUUUUGCGGGAGUUGCAAAACAAUCCAGAUAUGUGGCUUCAAGUGGUUCACAUUCUAUCAAAUUCACAGAACUUGAACACAAAAUUUUUCGCGUUGCAGGUUUUGGAAGGUGUAAUUAAGUACAGAUGGAAUGCAUUGCCUGUUGAACAACGAGAUGGGAUGAAAAACUACAUUUCUGAAGUCAUUGUAAAGCUUUCAAGUGAUGAAAUCUCUUUUCGUCGGGAAAGGCUGUAUGUGAACAAGCUUAACAUUAUAUUGAUUCAGAUUUUGAAACACGAGUGGCCUGCCAGAUGGCGAAGCUUUAUCCCUGAUCUUGUUGCAGCAGCAAAAACAAGUGAAACUAUUUGUGAGAACUGCAUGGCCAUAUUGAAACUUCUAAGUGAAGAGGUUUUUGAUUUCUCGAGGGGUGAAAUGACUCAACAGAAGAUCAAAGAUCUCAAACAAUCAUUGAACAGUGAGUUUCAGCUCAUUCAUGAGUUAUGCCUUUAUGUACUGUCAGCAUCUCAAAGAACUGAGCUUAUAAGGGCUACAUUAGCGACAUUGCAUGCUUUUCUCUCAUGGAUACCUCUAGGAUAUAUAUUCGAAUCUCCGCUGUUGGAGACACUCCUAAAAUUCUUCCCUUUACAAUCAUAUCGGAAUCUCACACUCCAAUGUUUAACAGAAGUCGCGGCUUUAAAUUUUGGAGAUUUCUAUAACGUGCAGUACGUUAAUAUGUAUAACAUAUUCAUGGUACAGUUGCAGACCAUUCUCCCACAUGCUACAAACAUUCCUGAUGCUUAUGCGCAUGGUUCGGGUGAGGAGCAGGCAUUUAUUCAGAAUCUUGCACUGUUUUUCACUUCAUUUUUCAAGUGUCAUAUUCGAGUGCUAGAGUCCACACAAGAGAAUAUAUCUGCCCUUUUAAUGGGUCUUGAAUAUCUCACAAACAUCUCAUAUGUGGAUGACACUGAGGUUUUUAAGGUUUGCUUAGAUUACUGGAACUCCUUAGUUUUGGAGCUGUUUGAGGCACAUCAUAAUGUAGAGAAUCCUGCGGUAGCUGCAAACAUGAUGGGAUUGCAGCAGGUGCCAUUGCUUUCUGGUAUGGUUGAUGGACUUGGGUCUCAAAUUUUGCAGCGACGGCAACUUUAUUCCGGUCCAAUGUCAAAGUUGAGAUUACUUAUGAUCUGUCGUAUGGCUAAGCCUGAGGAGGUUCUUAUUGUUGAAGAUGAAAAUGGGAAUAUUGUUCGUGAAACUAUGAAGGACAAUGAUGUCCUAGUUCAAUAUAAGAUCAUGAGGGAAACGCUGAUCUACCUAUCACAUCUUGAUCACGAGGAUACCGAAAAACAGAUGCUGAAGAAAUUGAGUAAACAACUGAAUGGUGAAGAUUGGUCAUGGAACAAUUUAAACACACUGUGCUGGGCAAUAGGAUCUAUAUCUGGGUCCAUGAUGGAGGAGCAGGAGAACAGAUUUCUAGUGAUGGUGAUUCGUGAUUUGCUUAAUUUAUGUGAAAUCACAAAGGGAAAAGACAACAAAGCUGUUAUUGCAAGUAACAUAAUGUAUGUUGUGGGACAGUACCCUAGAUUUCUAAGGGCACAUUGGAAGUUCCUGAAAACAGUUGUAAAUAAACUGUUCGAGUUUAUGCAUGAAACUCAUCCUGGAGUUCAGGAUAUGGCCUGUGACACGUUCCUGAAAAUUGUUCAGAAGUGCAAGCGUAAAUUUGUUAUUGUACAGGUUGGAGAAAAUGAACCAUUCGUGUCUGAACUUCUAACCAGUCUUCCAACAACUAUUGCAGAUCUGGAGCCCCACCAGAUUCAUACAUUUUAUGAAUCCGUUGGUCAGAUGAUUCAAGCAGAAUCUGAAGCCCAAAGGAGAGAUGAAUAUUUGCAGAGGCUGAUGGAGCUUCCAAAUCAGAAAUGGGCUGAAAUUAUAGGACAGGCACGCCAAAGCGUGGAUUUCUUGAAGGAUCCAGAUGUGAUCCGGACUGUGCUUAAUAUAUUGCAGACAAAUACAAGUGUUGCAAGUUCUCUUGGGACAUACUUCCUCCCCCAAAUUUCACUCAUAUUUCUUGACAUGCUUAAUGUGUACAGAAUGUACAGUGAGCUUAUCUCAACCAACAUAGCUGAAGGUGGGCCCUAUGCCUCUAGAACAUCUUUCGUUAAACUUUUACGCUCGGUGAAGAGGGAAACCCUUAAGCUCAUUGAGACAUUCUUAGACAAGGCUGAAGAUCAACCACAAAUUGGUAAACAAUUUGUGCCCCCAAUGAUGGACCCUGUCCUAGGUGACUAUGCUCGGAAUUUGCCUGAUGCGAGAGAGUCGGAGGUCUUGUCACUUUUCGCCAUAAUAAUAAACAAGUACAAAUCUGCAAUGAUAGAUGACGUUCCUCGCAUAUUUGAAGCUGUUUUUCAGUGUACUCUGGAGAUGAUUACAAAGAAUUUUGAAGAUUACCCUGAGCAUCGCCUCAAGUUCUUUUCUUUACUUCGUGCUAUUGCUACACAUUGUUUUCCAGCUUUAAUUCGGUUGUCAAGUCAGCAACUAAAGCUCGUGAUGGAUUCUAUCAUAUGGGCUUUCCGGCACACUGAAAGGAAUAUUGCUGAAACGGGGCUAAACCUUUUGUUGGAGAUGCUGAAGAACUUCCAGGCUUCUGAGUUCUGUAAUCAAUUCUACCGGACUUACUUUGUGACAAUUGAGCAAGAAAUUUUUGCUGUCUUGACAGACACAUUUCAUAAACCAGGGUUCAAGUUGCAUGUAUUAGUGCUCCAGCACUUAUUUUGCCUGGCGGAGUCUGGUUCGCUAACAGAGCCUUUGUGGGAUGCAUCAACUGUUACUUAUCAAUAUCCAAAUAAUGCAACGUUCGUUCGUGAAUACACAAUUAAACUUUUGAGUUCAUCAUUCCCCAACAUGACAGCGGUUGAGGUGACCCAAUUUGUGAAUGGACUCUUCGAGUCGAGAAAUGACCUUUCCACAUUCAAGAAUCACAUCCGAGACUUCCUGGUACAAUCUAAAGAAUUCUCAGCUCAGGACAACAAGGAUCUUUAUGCAGAGGAAGCUGCUGCUCAGAGAGAGAGGGAGCGACAACGGAUGCUUACCAUUCCCGGGCUUAUUGCACCUAAUGAGAUACAAGAUGAGAUGUUGGACUCGUAGAUGGUUAUUCUUGCUGAGGAGCUAAUUUCAUGGGUAUAACUCUGGAGGUGCUGUGGGCUCUUGAAAUCCAUUGCCACACAUUUUUGGAGGUUACCAGAUCAGUAAUUUUUUCCCCAUUUUUUCUGAUGUUCCCCGAGUUUUCGUUAGUUCUGAACCGGUGAAUCAUGAAGGUGUCCCGGCGCAAAGGCUUGGCUGUUGAUAAUGCAGUUAGCUAGGUGUAGAGUAUUUGGAAUCUAGUGUAGGGAUAUAGCAGAGUCGUUAUGGUACGGGUUCCUGAAUUCAGCUUGGCGUUGUAAUUGAUUACAGAGAAGACGAAGAACUGUGAAAGGACUUGUCUUAGUAUCGAUGAUUCAGAAUUAGUUCUAAUGUAUACAACUUUCAUAGUUUGUGGAAAUUUUCCCCUUAGAUGGAACAUGAUGUAUCUUGGUAUUCAUUGAAAGGUUUGAUUUUUGUCUUCUGGUGAA